AUGGCGAAAGAGAGAAAUCACCGCACAACCUCUCGUCUUCUUCCGCUCCGAUUAUGGAUUGGCAAGAAAGUAUUUGGGGUAGUCGGACCACGUGGAGUUCGAGUCAGCCCUAACAGAAUGAUCAAAGGGCCUUGUAGCGCGCCAGAACUAGCUGCCUUGAAAUACGUCGCCAACCACACAUCAAUUCCUGUCCCUAAAGUCUUCAACGCCAUCUAUUACAAUGAUAAUCUUUACAUCGAAAUGGAGUAUGUUCGUGGAAUGAACCUCGAGGCAGCAUGGUACCGCGCUCACCUAUCGCAAGACCAGAAGGAACAUAUCAUCACUGAGGUUGCAUCUUAUAUUACCCAGCUUCGGGGACUAAAACCCCCACGAGAAGGAAUAGUUGCAUCGGCAAGCUUGGACGAGGUCCUAGAUCACCGAGUCGGAUCUUGGACUUUCGGGCCUUUCGCGAGUCAUAAAGGGUUCCACUCAUACCUCCGAGUGAACGCUCCGAUUGAUGCCUGUAGCGAGAUGAUCGGCCCAGAAGUCACUGAAUGCCACACCCGUCGUUAUCGAAGCUGCUUUACCCACGCAGAUAUCGCCCCCCGAAAUAUCAUGGUAGACAAUGGGAAGGUCUCUGCGAUAGUUGAUUGGGAAUUUAGCGGCUGGUACCCAGAAUAUUGGGAGUAUACUAAGGCACACUACGGACAGACAAAUCGGCGGGAUUGGUAUGACGGACUAGCAAAUGCUAUGGAGAGAUAUGACGACGAGCUCAGAGCGGAACAAACCCUGUGGAGGCGACUGGAUGAGCCACAACUUCAAUGGCGAGGGAGAGAAUACCUGAUUCCGAGCUUGGAAGACAAUGCUAUUUGA